CGCAGGCCGAAACUGAUGCCAGCUGGCAGCCUUUCAGUCAGAUCACUGAGGAUACUGAUGUCACAUGAAAUACACAAAUCUCCCGUCUUCUUAACCGACAUUGAGCCGUUCUGUUCUGCGGCAGCGUUCUUCCGUGAGUUCAGUAAGCCGACGGUGACGUCGCUGUGCUUCCUGGAUUCGAACAGCUGCGUUCCGGCCAACUUCACCUCGGAGCUGCCCACCACCGUCACCGACGCCGUGAGCGCGUGCAUGCCGCGUCGCCGCUUUGGCCGCUCCCCGGCGUGGGGCCGGCGGAGUAGCGCCUUCAGACUCGGCGGCAAAACCGACAAGCUCAGCUGCAUCGCCACCCAGCUGAACAUUACCAGCGACACGGGCGUGGACGCAGCGGCUCUGGACACGGUGAUCGAGUCCCUGUCCAGCAACACCACCUUCACCGACCAGCUCAAGGCCAGCGCCGACUCCUGCAUCGCCGCCAUGAACACCACCCUGACCGCGGAGCAGCAGCGUGUCUACGUCCUCACCUGCCUGAAACUCAGCCAGAAGAGCGACUGCAAGCGCCAAGACGAGAACACCACUCUCUGCCUUAACGCCAAGACACUGGUCAAGUGCCCACUCGGCAUCCAGUCUCUGGUCGACCUGUCCACCUUCUUUACCUGCAAGAUGCAGGCGAAGGCGUCAAUCGGUAUCAGCAUGUUCACGAGCAUCUUCAGUGGCGACUUCUCCAGCUCGAGUAUCUCCGACAGCCUGUGUCCGACGCUGGAGGAGGGCGCCAAGGCGGCGGCCAACUGUUCGCUGCAGGCGGCCGGCCUGGCCAGCGGCGACACGGUGGACCUGACGGCCGUGCAGACGGCCAUCACCGCCAGCGCCACCACCACCGACUCGGAGAAGGCGCUCCAGCAGACCGUGCUGAGCACGUGCCAGGCCAACGGCGCCGACACGGUGGACGCGUUCCUCGACUGCUGGGCCACCGAGUCGGUCGACGGCUGCGUCACCAGCAUCGCCGAGCGGCUGGCGACCGGCAGCACCAGCCGCGGCACCGGCCGGAUGCCGGGCAGACGCCGCUCCCGUGGUGGGCGACGCCGCUUCAGUAGUGGUGGACGACGCCGCUUCAGUGGAAGCCGCCGUAGACGCACGGGGCUCUUUGGCUAAGCGGCAAAAAGCUCUUUACUGGGGGACUAGCGCACUGUGCACGUUUGGACGCCACCUGUCCAAAAGCUCCUGUGGUGAAGAACGUCAUGUAUUCCUGGCAAAUACUUGCCGUUGUUCGUCUUCCCCGCCAGUCGUCAUUCGUUGCACCGGCUGUAAAUCAUGAUUCAUAAGCACAAACGAUCUGAUUAGACGACUUCAACGGUUAAUGGAAAAAGUUGAAACACAAUAAAAUAAACAUUUUGGUCUACGCA